GCCCGCCGCUACACAUCAACCAUCAAACUCUAUCAUACUGGAAAAUCCACCCAAACAGGCCCGCCGCUACACAUCAACCAUCAAACUCUUAUAUCCCCAAACAGGCCCGCCGCUACACAUCAACCAUCAAACUCUAUCAUACUGGAAAAUCCACCCAAACAGGCCCGCCACUACACAUCAACCAUCAAACUCUAUCAUACUGGAAAAUCCACCCAAACAGGCCCGCCGCUACACAUCAACCAUCAAACUCUAUCAUACUGGAAAAUCCACCCAAACAGGCCCGCCGCUACACAUCAACCAUCAAACUCUAUCAUACUGGAAAAUCCACCCAAACAGGCCCGCCGCUACACAUCACCCAUCAAACUCUAUCAUACUAGAAAAUCCAACCAAACAGGCCCACCGCUACACAUCAACCAUCAAACUCUAUCAUACUGAAAAAUCCACCCAAUCAGGCCCGCCGCUACACAUCAACCAUAAAACUCUAUCAUACUGGAAAAUCCACCCAAACAGGCCCGCCGCUACACAUCAACCAUCAAACUCUAUCAUACUGGAAAAUCCACCCAAACAGGCCCGCCGCUGCACAUCAACCAUCAAACUCUAUCAUACUGGAAUAUCCACCCAAACAGGCCCGCCGCUACACAUCAACCAUCAAACUCUAUCAUACAGGAAAAUCCACCCAAACAGGCCCGCCGCUACACAUCAACCAUCAAACUCUAUCAUACUGGAAAAUCCACCCAAACAGGCCCGCCGCUACACGUCAACCAUCAAACUCUAUCAUACUGGAAAAUCCACCCAAACAGGCCCGCCGCUACACGUCAACCAUCAAACUCUAUCAUACUGGAAAAUCCACCCAAACAGGCCCACCGCUACACAUCAACCAUCAAACUCUAUCAUACUGGAAAAUCCACCCAAACAGGCCCGCCGCUACACAUCAACCAUCAAACUCUAUCAUACUGGAAAAUCCACCCAAACAAGCCCGCCGCUACACAUCAACCAUCAAACUCUAUCAUACUGGAAAAUCCACCCAAACAGGCCCGCCGCUACACAUCAACCAUCAAACUCUAUCAUACAGGAAAAUCCACCCAAACAGGCCCGCCGCUACACAUCAACCAUCAAACUCUAUCAUACUGGAAAAUCCACCCAAACAGGCCCGCCGCUACACAUCAACCAUCAAACUCUAUCAUACAGGAAAAUCCACCCAAACAGGCCCGCCGCUACACAUCAACCAUCAAACUCUAUCAUACUGGAAAAUCCACCCAAACAGGCCCGCCGCUACACAUCAACCAUCAAACUCUAUCAUACUGGAAAAUCCACCCAAACAGGCCCGCCGCUACACAUCAACCAUCAAACUCUAUCAUACUGGAAAAUCCACCCAAACAGGCCCGCCGCUACACAUCAACCAUCAAACUCUAUCAUACAGGAAAAUCCACCCAAACAGGCCCGCCGCUACACAUCAACCAUCAAACUCUUAUAUCCCCAAACAGGCCCGCCGCUACACAUCAACCAUCAAACUCUAUCAUACUGGAAAAUCCACCCAAACAGGCCCGCCGCUACACAUCAACAAUCAAACUCUAUCAUACUGGAAAAUCCACCCAAACAGGCCCGCCGCUACACAUCAACCAUCAAACUCUAUCAUACUGGAAAAUCCACCCAAACAGGCCCGCCGCUACACAUCAACCAUCAAACUCUAUCAUACUGGAAAAUCCACCCAAACAGGCCCGCCGCUACACAUCAACCAUCAAACUCUAUCAUACAGGAAAAUCCACCCAAACAGGCCCGCCGCUACACAUCAACCAUCAAACUCUUAUAUCCCCAAACAGGCCCGCCGCUACACAUCAACCAUCAAACUCUAUCAUACUGGAAAAUCCACCCAAACAGGCCCGCCGCUACACAUCAACAAUCAAACUCUAUCAUACUCGAAAAUCCACCCAAACAGGCCCGCCGCUACACAUCAACCAUCAAACUCUAUCAUACUGGAAAAUCCACCCAAACAG